GAGGUGCAGCCUGCUCAUCUGCCAACGACCGAUUUACUUCUUUUGAGCAAAGAAGACCAAUUCUGCAAUAAUGGAGAGGUCAAUCAACAUCACGGCUUUCAUCCUCCUCAUGUUCCUCAAAUUGCUAAAGCUUGAGAUGACCAGCGGGAAAGUCUUAGAGGAGACUUACCGAAAGUGGGUCCAGUACAAAGAUGACUGCGUCAGAAUGAUCAAAUAUGAGCCACUGCCUCAAGUGGGGUUAUUCUGUAACAGGACAUUUGACAGAUAUGCCUGCUGGCCAGACACUCCUGCUGGAUUUAUGGUUAACAUCUCAUGCCCCUUCUACCUGCCCUGGUUUGACAAAGUGUCCAAGGGAGUCGUACGAAGACGAUGUGGAUUUGAUGGACUCUGGGAGAGAGAGGACAAUGGGCAAGUGUGGAGGGACAUGAGCCAGUGUAAAGAAGAAAAAGAGGUGACAUCGCAGGAGCUGUGGUUCAAGCAGCUGCUGGUGAGCUUCAGGACGUUAUACACUGUUGGCUAUUCCUCGUCCCUCGCCACUCUCACAAUAGCUCUUUCCAUUCUUUUGAGCUUUAGGAAACUGCGUUGCACCAGAAAUUACAUUCAUGCCAACCUCUUUGUAUCCUUCAUCUUCCGAGCCGUGGCUGUUAUCAUUAAGGACACAAUGGUGGAUCGCCACUGGGGGAGAGAAAUCAUAAAACAGGACGAUGUGAGUGAAAUGCUCAGUCAUCAGGCUGCUAUUGGCUGCAGAAUAGCACAGGCAGCGAUGCAGUAUAGUGUCCUGGCCAAUCACUAUUGGUUCUUUGGAGAGGCAAUUUAUUUGUACUCUGUCCUUAUUUCCUCUGUGCUCAUUGAAAACAAAAAAUACCUUCCUUACCUCUGUCUCGGCUGGGGAACUCCACUUCUGUUUGUGGUUCCCUGGGUGGUGGUGAAGAUACUGAAGGAAAACAAAGAGUGUUGGGCUGUCAAUGAAAACAUGAACUAUUGGUGGAUCAUUCGUUUCCCAAUUCUUUUUGCUUCCCUAAUCAACUUUGUGAUUUUUCUGAAGAUCCUGGGUGUGAUAUUUUCCAAAUUAAGAGCCAAUAACCAGAGUCGAUAUCCAGAUUACAAACUUCGGCUUGCAAAGGCUACACUUACCCUCAUUCCUCUCAUUGGGAUUCAUGAGGUGAUUUUCAUCUUUGCUACAGAUGAACAGACAACAGGCAUUCUCCGCUACGUAAAAGUAUUUUUCACUCUCUUUAUCAGUUCGUUUCAGGGCUUACUGGUGGCUGUACUCUACUGCUAUGCCAAUAAAGAGGUGCAAACAGAGCUGAAGAGGAAGUUCGGUAGCUGGAGGACUGAGUUACAGAUUGCAUGCUGUGGACCAUGA